AUGCGCCACCGCAAAUUCGAUUUGCAGGGCCUCGUUGACGUUUCUGUCAAAGCUGUGGGCAUAAGUGGAAUAAACUGUGUCAAACUGCUGAAAUGUGUUGAAGGGCAAUUUAACAAGGCAUUUCUCCUAACCAUGAGUAAUGGUUUCGAAAUCAUCGCACGGUUACCAAAUCCCAAUGCGGGUCCCCCUUUUUACACAACUGCAUCGGAAGUUGCUACUCGUCAUUUUAUACGGGACAAGAUGGGUCUUCCUAUCCCUCGUAUUUACGAUUGGUCAGCCGACGAAUGUAACCCAGUAGGAGCUGAAUAUAUUCUCGAAGAAAAAGCAUCAGGCCAGCCUUUAGGGGCAAUAUGGGGCGGACUCUCUUCGGAGAUCCAAUCGAAUAUAGUGAACCAGGUCGUGGACGCCGAAAAGAAACUCGCAUCAAUUUCCUUUCCAAAGCACGGCUACAUAUACUAUGAGUCCGAUCUCAAAUCAACUUCCGCUAAAUAUGAGCGACUUCAGUCUCCCUCUAUCCAGGACGCACAAGCGCCAGCCUUCGUGAUCGGACCUUCAGCUGAUCCAAAUCUCUGGGGGUUGGGGAGGGCUCAAAUGAAUUUGGAUAGAGGCCCAUGGAGAAGUGUUACUGAUUACGCCCGGGCUCUUGGAAUGAAUGAGCUCGAAUGGGCCGCUUCACAUGCGAGGCCAAGGAUGAACUUUCACAGAUCUAUGGAUGCACCCGAGACACCGAGUGAAUACAUCGCUCUCCUUGAAAAAUACAUCGCACUUUCUCCAUAUCUCGCAUCCUGGCCUGAGCUACCCAACAGAAUCUCGCAUCCUGAUUUACAUCUUGAUAACAUAUUUGUCGAUCCAGACACCUACCGCAUCAGCUCCAUAAUUGACUGGCAGCAGGCUCAUAUCUCCCCAGUAUCUCUCCAGCGGCCUCAUCCGCAGAUGCUUGAGUUAUCAGCCUCGUCGCUGUCUAAACAGGGCAAAUACGAGCGGAAUCUUUUGAACCUCUAUCACAACGCUGUCGAGGGAAGUGAUCCCGUCCGGUGGAAGGUCCUCGCCGACCCAUUACUUCAAGUCAUGACACGCCCUAUUUUGCUGGUGCCUGGAUGUUGGGAUCGAGAAGAUCUCUUUUCUCUACGCAAUUCGUUGGUCACCAUCAUCGCACGUUGGGAUGAAAUGGGGCAUGGUGAAACACCGUGCCCGGUUAAUUUCGGAGAGGAAGAGCUUUUACAACAUCAAGAUGAGAUGAAUAUGCUAGAGGGGAUUUCCGAAAUCCUCCAGCAACUGCAAGAUGAUGACGUCAUUCCAUUGGGCGGCAUGGUGCAUCCAGAAGUUUAUCAGCGUGCCGUGGAGUUGAGCAAUUUCUUCAAAUACGAAUUUGUCGGUUUGGCUGAAAACGAACAGCAACGGGAAUUACAUGCAAAGGUGUGGCCCUACCAAUGA